UUAUGUUGAUACAUGUAACUCUAUCAUAUGUUGUGUAGUCCGUUAGUGAUCAUGAAUUAAAUUAGGUUAUCAAUUAUUUGUCGUGGUUAAUUGUCAUUGACAAUUAAUGAAACUUGUGGAUGAAUUUUGUUCUCAUUUGUGCGAGUGUUUUGCAUACGUGGCAGAAGCUGCCACCAAUCAGAAAACGGGGAUUUUGAUAGGCGUGGCUUCGAACACGUACACUUGUCUGUGUCUCCGGCAGCCAUAAUCUUGAGAAGUCGUGUGUGAAUUCUUGUCGUGAUUCUCUGUAGACAAACAGAGUUCGUUGUUCAUUUUACAUUCCUCAGUGGAAGCGAUCUACUGAAUUUUCGGUGAGCAGUGCACAGAUAUAUAAAAUGGAUGUUCAAACUGGAUUGGUAUAUGUAGCAGUAGUAGUUAUUUCUGCAGCAGUUAUUGUUUUGGUAUCAAUGUUUGGUAUAAAAGAAAAGUCUUAUGAAGAAGCAAUAGCGGAGCAAAGAAAACUUCCUGAUGAUCUUUUACUAAAUAAAAAAGAUAAAAGCAAAGAAAAGAAGCAUAAAAAUAAGGCAGGGAAGAAGGUAAAAGAGAAGAAAGAAGAAAAGGAAGAGAAAGAUGAUAAGGAAGAAAAAUCAGAGCAUGUACAGUUUGAGGAAAAUCCACAAAUUUUACCACUAGAGCCAUUGUUGCGUGAGGGUAGCAAAGGAACUAAGAAGAAAAGCAAGCAUGAAAAGGUAAAGCCAAUUCUUGUAAAUAAAGAUGAGCCAUUGGUUAUUGUGACUGAAUUAAGUUCUUCACAACCCCUUUCGGCAGAGGCUAAUCAUUUUGAUCUCAUUCAACCAAAGGACGACCUCGAACUCAUACGGAGUCAUAGUAAAGAAAAUUUGCAACAAAUUGGUCAAUCUGAAUCAAUUAUAAAUAAAUCUCCAAAGGAAACUCCAACAAAAUUAAAGAAGAAUGUUAAAGAUUCAGUGAAAAAGAAGGAUGACAAUGUUAAGGAAGAGAAAAAAGAAAUGGUUAAUAAUACUAAUACACCACCAGUAGUUAAUAAAGAUUCUGUAAAAGAAGUUAAAGAACAAAAAGAAAUUCCAGUUAAGGAUGUAAAAGAAGCUACAAAGGAGACUUCACUAUCUGUUCAAUUAACAAAUAAAGAAUCUAAAAAAGCAAAGAAAAAAAAUGAUAUUCUAGCACAAAUUGGUGGAGAUAAAGAUGCUGUUAAUGUAUCUUUAUUAAUGCCUUUGGUUCAAAAAGCUGAACUUAGCCGUUCUGAAAUACAAAUUCUUAUUGAUCAACUUUUAAAUAAACAAAUGGAUAAUCCAUCAGAACACUCAGAAUGGACAGAAGGUCGUGCAGAUCCAGUUAUUAAAUUAAAGAAGCAGCUUGCAGAAAAGGAAAAAGCUUUAGCUGAUGAACAUGAAGCAAAUAUUGCAUUUCAAAAUAAAUUAAAAGAAUUACGUGCUGAAUUGAAUUCUGAAAGGUCUAGAUUAUCAGCUAAUGUGAGACAAUUAGAAGAAGCAUUAAAUGCUAAAGUUACAGAAGCUCAAACUUUGCACACACGUAUGCAACAUAUUUUGGAAAGUCAUGCUGCUGAAAAGCAAGGAUUUACUAGACAGAUUGAACAACUGCAAACUAAAGUAAAUGAAAAUGCUGCAAUUAUUCAUAAGAUGCAAGAAGAUCAGGGACAAACUCAAGGUCAUAUGCAACAAGAGUUGAUUGCACAACGUAAACAAAUGGAAGUACAAUUUGCACAAAUGCGUGAAAAUGAAAAUGCAUUAAAAGCACAAUUAGCUCAGAAGCAUGUUGAAGUCCAAGAACUACAAAGUGAAUUACAAGCAACUUGUGAGAGUAGCACUGCUGAAAUAGAAAUGUUACGGCAACAACUAGGACUUAUGCAAGGACAAUUGAUGCAUUCGGAAGGACAAUUACAACAUUUCAAGGAAGCUGGAGAUAGAUUGCAAGAUGUUGCUAGGCAGCUUGAGGAUUCUCAUCGUACUCAUGCUGAUUUAGAUCACAGACUAAAGAAUGCUCAUCGCCAUGAACAAGAACUUCAAAAACAAGUAAAUUCCUUGCAAAGUGAAUUGAAUUCUGUAAAAACAGAAGCUAAUGAUGCUUCAGCAUUAAAAGCAGAGUUAAAUAAAACUCAAUCUGAAUUAAUGAAAUUAAAAUCUGAGCUAUCUGUUUCAAUGAAUGAAGCGAAAUUUGAGGCAGCUGAAAUUACAGCUCUUAAAAUGACACUCGUUAACAAAGAAGAUGAGCUAAAAACAUGUCAAGAAGAACUUUACAGUACACGAUCUGAAUUAAAGCAGUCAAUGGAAAAUAUAAAACAGUUAGAAAUACAAUUAGAUUUAGUGCAGAAGGAUUUAGAUGCUGCACAAGAUGAACUUAACAAGACAACGGAAAGUCUGAAAAUAGCACAAAGUGAUAUUAAUAAUUAUCAAUCAAACAUGGAAAAAUUAAAUGAAGAAUUAAAACAAACUCGAAAUGAAUUGGAAAAUACACAUAUAGAACUCAAAGCUGUAAAUGAAACAACGAAUGAAAUGAAAAUGUUAAAAGCUGAGUUAAAUAGGUUACAGAAACGUGAUCAGCGAGGUGAGGCACAGUUGCAGCUUACACGACUACAAGAAGAAAAUGAUAAACUUUCUAUGCAGCUUGCAAGUCUUGCAGAUUUGCAAAAACAACUUAAACAAUUACAAGAAGAAAAUGAAUCAUUGGCUUCUCAGUUAGCAGCAACUACUGAACGUCCAGCUGCAGAAGGCCGAGAAAAUGGAAUUGAUGAUAACGUUCAAAAGAAUGUACAACUUGUAGAACAAACAAAUUUAUUGGCUCAAAAGGAGAGUCAAUUAAAUGCCUUAGCGACUGAAUUAACACAUAAAGAAGUAGAACUCAAUCAACUAAAUACUCAAAUUGAUGCAUUACGAAGUGAUGUAAACAAUCAACGUAGUCUUGCUGCACGUUUAAAUAAUGAAUUGGAAGCACAAAGAUCCAAAAAUAAUGAAUUACGUGUAAAAAACUGGAAAGUGAUGGAAGCUCUUUCUGCCGCCGAAUUGCGUGUUAAAUCUAAUAAUGGGAAGAACUUUGAAGAAAUUACACAAAAAAUAAAAGCAGAACAAGAAAAAUUAACAAAAACUUUAUUAGAAAGAAUAUUCCCAGAAAUAAAAGUGUCUGAAAAGUCACAUGAUCAGUGGCUCAAAGUUUUUGAAGAAAAAGUGAAUACAGUUUUAACUGAAUUGAAGAAAAAGAAUACUGUUGAUAAUCAUUCAGAAUUAGAAAAACAAAAUAAAAAUUUACAAGAUAUGGUUUCACAUUACAAACAAAUUAUUGAUGAUACAGAAGGUAUGCUUAAUAAGCUUCAAAGUCAUGUAGAAUCGGAAGAAACGAGAUGGGAAUCUCAGCUUCGACAAAAAGAAACUGAAGUAACAAGUCUUAGGCUUGAAUUGAAUGAACUCAUGAAUAAAUUAAAUGUAAAUGAAAAGUUACAAGACAAGGUAGUAGAAUUGGAAACCAGGUUAAAAGAAGCUGAAUCUUUUAAAGAAAAGCUAACAAGCUUAGCUAAACAAGCUGAUGCUGAAUUAUUAACACUUAGAUCUACGCCAAAAUCGGUUUUGAGUGAAAUAGAUACCCAUGAUUUAAGUACAUUACAAAAACUUCAAGAGGAAAAAGCACGUUUGUCAGAGGAGCUUCAAAUAGAAUGUAACAAAAGAGCGGCAGUAGAUGCAGAACUGGAUAAAUUACGAUGUGUAGUUACUCAGCUUCAUCAACAAAUGUCACAACUUAAGAGUGAAGUUUAUGGGGGUUGUAGCAGUACAGAACAACCAAUGUUAAAUGGACCGCCAACUUCCGAAUGUCCUAAUUCCGAGCUCCCAGUAGCAACACAGACUCUGAUAGCUGCAUUAGAAAAUAUUCUUCUCAAGAAUACAGAGUUCGCAAAUUAUUCCAUAACCAAGCCUAUCAAUUUGGUUCAGUGUCAACAAGAAAUUGACAACAGCCCCCUUACUACAAAAUACUCCUCCAAAUCUUGUCAUAUGACAGAUCACAACACACAGGCUAGCUGGAAUCCGUUGAUGGGCCAGCAGCACAAAAAGCACAAGAAAAAAAGGAAGUCCACUAAGAAACCCAUGGCAAAACGGCGCAAAUUCACAGGGUGGUUCAAGAAAAAAAUAACUUCAAAGAAUAAGCUGCGUUAACGCAGCAUGACACCAGAUAAUUGAUAAAGGAAAUAUAUGAGAAAUUACAUAUGCACUAUAUAAACGUCAGUGGUAAACUUUGCUAUUGAGAAGACUAAUGUAACAAUGGAAAUAUUAUGAAUAAUGUUUCUUACGAAAAGAAUAUAUUAUUUUAUUAUAUGGAAAGAAAUAAUGAAUUUUGUAGUUAGAUAUUAAGAAAUAAUGGAACUGUUGUUUGUCACAGUUACGCAAUUAAUAGAUAUAAAAAAGCAUAAUUCAAGAAUUAUUAAAUUCAUGGAAAUUACAGAAUAGUAGUUAUUGUUUAAAUAUUAUUUCUGUUACAUAAAACAUGCUCAGGUGUGUUUAAAGCCUUCAUAGUUUAUUUAAAAUUUAUUAUUCAUAAAAUUAUUCAUAGAGUAAAAUGUACGCAUGCUACGCUUAAUGAAACGCACGAAUUUUAAUUUUGAAUGAUAACGUAAAUAUUUUUACUUUUUUUUUUUUUAAUUAUUACCAGAAUUAAGGUCUUAAAUAAUUUUCAUACUGUUAAUGAAUUUGUAUACAAAGCUGAAAUCGUUAAUGAAUUAAUGUGCAAUAAAUAUAUUCGUAUAAUCAUUUGUAUAAAAGUAUACAUAGAGAAUUCAAUAUGUGGCUUUUUAAAGCAAUUUCACGAACAAAUAAUUUCAUAAAAUAUAAAUUUUAUUGAAUCAAUUCUAGGGAAUUUGUAAAUUUGUUCAAAAAUAUAUUUGAACACGUUAGAAUAUAAUGAAAUAUACAAAUUUAUAUUAAUAAAUCUAUGGUUCAAAUAAUUUGUAAGUACGAAAUUUAAACAAUAACGUAAAGUAAACUGUAUGUAAAUGGGGCAUUUAAAAGAGCGUUUGUUAAAGUUUUUAUGUAUUAGUUUAUUUUACAAAACAAUAUAAUUUUUAUUAUAAUCUAACGUUACAAGAUAUAAAAUAGGUAAUAAUACUCUAUUUAUGAUAUAUUAAACAUUUAUUUCUUAAAAUAUCAUUGUUUCGUUUAUUUACAAGCUUGUAUAAGAUUUAACACGUAGUACUUAUACAUUAAAUGUUUUACAUUUAGGAAAAUAGAUAAUAAAAAGCUUAUUGUUUUAUUUCACGUUAUACAAUAUACAAAUUUCAAUAAUAA